GUCCCACCAUGCCGCUCUGGGAGGGGAUGCUCUGUCCCCGUGCGCUCCAGGGCAAGAGCUCCAGGGACAUCUUCCUCCACGUGGUGACUCCCGACCGCAUCCCACAGUUUACUAUUCCCUCUCUGGACAUCCAUGACAAGCAGGGGCGCUCAGGCAAGGAGAAGGGGCAGCCGGAGGGGCUGGCCAGGAGGAGCAUCUCGGACCCAGCAGUGGAGGAUGAGCACGGCGUGCCUGGCUCUAGCUCAUCCUGCUCGAACGCCGGGCUCGCUGUCACUGCGCAGGCUAUCCCAGACCCCACCGCUCGGGCAGCUCUGUCCCUGCCCCAUCUCCCCAUGGUCACCACCCCAUACGGCUUUGUCACCCUGGGGCAGAGUCCACAGGUCACCAGCGAAGAGGCGAUGUUUUUUCACCCGGGCUCAGGUUACCCUCGAGGUCCUGCUGCUGAGAUACGUCCUGGUUGGCAGGAGGAGCCAGGAUGCCGCAGACGCCCCGGGAUGGAUGCUGCCAGGGGAGAAGGCUGCUCCCAGACUGAUGGAGGCCUGAGGAACCGCAAGCAGCUGAGUUCCCAUGCCACCGGUGACAAGGACAGCAGAGGCAACCAGACCUACAGGACUCCAGCGGGGCUUCCCCUACCCAGGAGAUGUACCAGCCCCCUUGGAGACAUCCGGAUAACGGAUGUUCUGGAAAGCAAAGAGGCAGAGAAGAGAGAAGAGAGGCUCCUUGGGGUGGGCUAUCAGAGGAGCAGCUCCAGCCUGGAGCUCCCCGCUGGGACACCCAGGAAGAACUUGCUGCAGAGGAUCCUCAGGAGGCACCUCGCCCACCCUCGGCAGCUCAAGCCCACGAAUUUCACCCUCCACUGAUCUUGCACAGCAGCUCUGAGAAACGGAGGUUCCCCAAAGAUUUGGGAAAGAGAGACUUGCAAAUGCCUCAGCCCGCCAGGCUCCAACAUGAGGGCGUCAGAUGCGUCACCGCACCUGGAGGAAAAGCCUUGGAAUGUCACUGCCCCUGGCUGGGAAACCAGGCUGGGGCUUUGCCGGCGGCAGCAGGAGG